AUGAGAAAAAGAAAUCUGUCAAGAAAGCUGAAGGUUUUGGGUUGGCUUCAGCUUUCUUCUAAGGAAGACAAGGAUACCUUAAAGAACAUGUAUAGUCAAGCAUUCAGUUUCUUUGAGAAAGUUAAGGAGAAGUUGAACAGUGCUGAUGACUACCAAGCUUUCUUGAAGUGCCUUUAUAAUUUUUUCGUCAGUGAAAUAAUAAAAAGGAAUGAAUUGCAAAAUUUGGUAACCGAUUUACUUGGAAAGCAUCUUGAUCUUAUGGUGGAAUUCAAUGAUUUCCUGGAGUGUUUGGAAAAUAUUGAUGGGUUCCUUGCUGGUGUCAUGAGUAAAAAGUCACUAAGAUCAUCAAAGUUGGAGGACAAAGACAAAGACAAAGAGCAGAAGCGUGAGAUGGAUGGAGCUAAAGAGAAGGAAAGAUACAGGGAGAAGGAGUACAUGGGAAAAUCCAUUCAAGAACUUGACCUCAGUGACUGUAAACGUUGCACUCCCAGCUACCGGCUUCUACCUGCUGAUUAUCCAAUUCCUACAGCUAGUCAGAGAUCUGAGUUUAUAAAGAACAAUGGACUAUCAAGCCUCUCAGUUGGGGCGAUAGACUCAGUUGGUUCCUACAAGAGUAGGGUGGCGGGUUUUGCCACUGCUCCUCCUUGUGGGACAUUGUCUCUGAUGACCGCGGGAAGAGGCCUAAAGAGGAAGAUAGGUUGCAUUGACGUGGCUACCCAGAUGGGGAGGAAGAACAAGAUUGAAGAUGAUUAUGUUACUGGGGUGAGGAUCGGGCAAGGAAAGUAUGGAUCUGUUUCGUUGUGUAGGUCUCUUGUUGGCGGCGCGGAGUAUGCGUGUAAGACUCUGAAGAAGGGGGAUGAGACUGUUUACAGGGAGGUGGAGAUAAUGCAGCACUUGUCUGGGCAUCCUGGGGUUGUGACUCUGCUGGCAGUGUAUGAGGAAGCUGAUUGCUCUCAUCUGGUGAUGGAAUUGUGCUCUGGGGGAAGACUUGUCGACCAGAUGUUUAGGGAGGGCCCUUGUUCUGAACAGCGGGCUGCUAAUAUACUUAAGGAAGUGAUGUUGGUCAUCAAGUAUUGUCAUGAUAUGGGAGUUGUGCACAGAGAUAUCAAGCCUGAGAAUAUUCUGCUUACUGCUUCGGGGGAAAUAAAGCUUGCUGAUUUUGGCCUGGCCAUGAGAAUUUCUAAGGGUAAUAUUCAGAACUUGACGGGUUUGGCUGGGAGCCCUGCAUAUGUUGCACCAGAAGUGUUGUUGGGUAGAUACUCAGAAAAGGCGGAUAUAUGGAGUGCUGGAGUGCUCCUGCAUGCUCUGUUGGUUGGUGUUCUUCCAUUUAAAGGGGAUUCACAAGAAGCAGUUUUUGAGGCUAUUAAGAAUUCCAAGCUAGAGUUCCAAACCGGGAUGUGGGAAUCAAUAUCUAAACCUGCACGAGAUCUUGUUGGGAGAAUGCUGACAAGGGAUAUUUCAGCAAGGAUAACAGCUGAUGAAGUACUUAGACAUCCAUGGAUAUCUUUCUACACAGAACGUACAUUGAAGAUCCUGCCCGUUGAAUCAAAGUUGAAGCACCAAAAUGGAGCUGCUUGCCACAACUUUGUUGCUGCACCUGAACCUAGGUUAGGAAGAAACAGGAUGGAUGAUGGGUUCCUUAAUGAGGUUUCAAGCCUUUCUUCAUCAUCUGAAAGUUGCAAUUCAGAAUAUCAUGAUGUUUGUGUGUGGAUUGAUGCACUUGCCAAUGCAAUUUCACAUGUAAGGAUAUCUGAACCAAAGAGGAGCAAGUUGUGGGCAGUUCCAAUUCAUCAGCAAGGUUUAUAUAACAUGAGGGCUAACCUCUGUAAAGCAUUUUGACCUACUGACAGGUUGACACCCCAUAAACCACUAUCUCUGCUGCUUUAGCUGGGGUUUUAUAGUAUACUUUGCCCAACACAUUCUACAGUUGGCAAAAGUGGAUUACAUUUUUUUCCUCUAAAUAAUGAUUACUGAGAAAACUCAGCUAGUUGUACAGAACCUGUGAAUAUGAUAUUAGU